AUGUCAGUGCCACAGCUGCUACCAUUGCCAUGUUGCUGCCUGCUGAACACGGAUGGGACCUGGUCAGAGUUCUUGAUCCUUGAGAAGCUGAAGGAUCAUCACUGGCUGUGCGUGGACAUCAACUGGUCCUAUCGGGAGAUUGGCUGUUUUGAGUCGGCAGUCCUGCAGACCUCCCAUGGUCUGCAGGUAUGCCGUUUCGGAAAACUGGAUGACCCCGAACGCUUUACCGACACGGACUUGCAGUCCGACGCCUGCUUGGUCUUCUUCCUGCGAACAACCGCUGAUGGGCACCCCCUCCCGAGCAUUCGCGAAGGCGAAUGGCUUGAGACCAGUCAGUACGAGGGCGAUAUCGACGACCUGCAGCAUCCUCGGGGAGAGGGGCGUGGCAUACUGCACCCGACACAUCUCGAGGCAGUGGGAGCUCAGACUGCCUAA